UUUAAUAGUUUAAUGUAUACAAUGCUCAAUAUGAUUGUACUCGUAGAGUAUACACAUUUGAUGGAGGUAACAUUUGGUAACUUCAUAUGCAUGAGAAGGAUUUGACUUUUAUUGGGUUUGAAUCUUAUAUAAAGAUAAUUCGUUAGAAAUCGAAGCUUUUUGGGCAUCCAAUAUUUACCUCAAAGGUCAUGACAUGACUAGAUUUGAUACUGUUGUUAAAAGAAAUCAACUCAAAUAAACACGUGAAUUGUUGUAUGUGUCGAGAACCGUCUUUAAAAUUCUCUUAAAAUAUAGAUAGGUACCAUUAACCGUCAUUUUUUUUGCUUAUCUAAAUACAAUAAUUAAAAGAAGUAAACUAAAAAAAACUACACAAGUUGUUGUAUGUGUAGAGAACUGUCUUCAAAAUUUUCUCAGAGGAUAGAUAGGCAACCAUUGACUGCGAUUCUGUUGGGUUUAAGUUGAAAUGACUAAAUGCGAGAGAUAAAGAGAUCAUCUAUAGAGUAAACAGAGGUAAACAAGAGAAAGAAAAAAAAAACAGAAAAGCCGAAAUCAAAGAAGAAAAGAAUAAAGGAGGACCUCUGAGUAAUCUAUGGCGUGCUGACGUGGCGGCAUGAAGGACAACUGGACCACAGGAACACUAUGCCGCACUAUUUAAUCCCCUAAUCGCAAAACUGAACACUUCAGUUCUCUCUCUUCGCUUUGGUUCUGUUCUGUUCUAACUCCGAAGUCUCUACCUUGUAAACCAAACCAAAAACCUAGUAAGCGACCUUGUACCAUCUCCUAGGUUUCAGUUUCGUCGCCGUACCAGGGGCGGCCAUGGCACUCAUUUCACAGACAGGCUCGUCCUACUGCAUACGUACCGAGGUGUUUAGUAGGGCAGGCAAUGUAGAGGCGUCCAAACUGAAGGACAAUUGCGUUGGAUUCUCUUCAUUUUCGUGUAAUUCUGCUAGGAAGACACAGAUUUUGCAUAUGGACAAUGCAGGUGUAGGACUGAAACGAUGCGGUAGUGUGGUAGUUGCGGCCAGUCCUCCAACAGAAGAUGCUGUUAUUGCCACGGAACCGCUGACGAAAGAGGAUCUUGUAGCGUAUCUUGCAUCUGGUUGCAAGCCAAAGGAAGCAUGGAGAAUUGGCACUGAACAUGAGAAGUUUGGUUUUGAGCUCAAAACUUUACGUCCCAUGAAAUAUGAACAAAUAUCUGAGCUGCUUAAUGGGAUCGCUGAGAGAUUUGACUGGGAAAAAGUUAUGGAAGGCGAUUACAUUAUUGGACUCAAACAGGGUAAGCAAAGUAUAUCACUUGAGCCUGGUGGCCAAUUUGAGCUUAGUGGUGCACCUCUUGAAACUCUGCAUCAAACUUGUGCUGAAGUCAAUUCACACCUCUAUCAGGUUAAAGCAGUUACAGAGGAAAUGGGAAUUGGAUUUCUUGGAAUUGGUUUUCAGCCUAAAUGGGGACUGAAGGACAUACCUAUGAUGCCCAAGGGAAGGUAUCAGAUUAUGAAAAAUUACAUGCCCAAAGUUGGCACGCUCGGACUUGAUAUGAUGUUCAGGACUUGCACCGUACAGGUUAAUCUGGACUUCAGUUCUGAAGCAGACAUGAUAAGGAAAUUUCGUGCUGGUCUUGCUUUGCAGCCUAUUGCAACAGCUCUAUUUGCAAAUUCACCUUUCACCGAAGGAAAGCCAAAUGGUUUUCUAAGCAUGAGAAGUCAAAUUUGGACCGAUACUGACAACAAUCGCACUGGCAUGCUUCCUUUUGUUUUUGAUGACUCCUUUGGGUUUGAGCAGUAUGUUGAUUAUGCUCUUGAUGUUCCCAUGUACUUUGUCUAUCGGAAUAAAAAGUAUAUCGACUGUACUGGCAUGACCUUCCGGGAUUUUUUAAAAGGGAAGCUUCGUUGCAUUCCUGGUGACUUGCCAACCCUGAACGAUUGGGAGAAUCAUUUGACAACUAUAUUUCCUGAGGUCAGGCUGAAGAGAUACUUGGAGAUGAGGGGAGCUGAUGGAGGACCUUGGAGGAGAUUAUGUGCUUUGCCAGCAUUUUGGGUAGGUAUAUUGUACGAUGAGGUUUCCCUUCAAAAUGUAUUGGACAUUACUGCUGACUGGACCCCCGAAGAAAGGCAGAUGUUAAGAAAUAAGGUUCCAAUAACUGGUCUAAAGACACCAUUUAGGGAUGGAUUGCUCAAGCAUGUUGCUCAAGAUGUUGUAAAGUUGGCAAAGGAUGGACUUGAGAGAAGAGGCUAUAAGGAAUCCGGCUUCUUGAAUGAGGUGGCAGAGGUGGUUAGAACUGGUGUAACACCAGCUGAGAGGUUACUGGAGUUGUACAAUGGGAAGUGGGAGCAACAGAUAGACCCUGUUUUUGAAGAGCUACUAUACUGAGGUUAAUGUCAUGGAAGGUUUAUAAUAAUUGAAACAACUUUGAGUUGGGAGUCCUUUGUACAAAUGGUAUGUUGUUGUGGGAAAUAAUAAGCUGCCGAGUUGAACAGAAGUUCACCUUGCUGCAGCACACAUAUUUAUGCUGA